AUGGAAGUGAAGAAGAGCAUGGGACUGGAAAUGUACCUGAAUCAGGGAAUGAGUUUGUUUGUUCAAAACUACCUCCAACAACACAUGACGGCCGUGAAAAUAAAGAAAAAAAUCAGGAAGCUGCAGACAAUGAGAGAGAAGGGCAAGAGCGUCUCCUCUCACCCUGCUCUGAAACCUCUCCUGGGCGAGUGUACCAUGAGGAAGGACCUGGUGGAACUGCUCUGUCUGGUGCUGAGUAAAGCUUUCAGAUCACGAGCGGACAGAGGCACCCUGCAGCACCUGGCUGGCAUCAUCAAAGAUUCUGGCUUCCUGCGCACUGUCCUGCCACACUACCUGGCAGCUGUCAGCUCAGAGUUUGACACUGACUGCAGAGAUGAAUAUCCACAGCAUCUGGACAACAUCCUGGCUAUCCUGACUCAGGUACUCAGCAUCUUUCCCGCCAGCUCAGUUGAGUCAGUAAAUCUGCUCCUGACUCUGCUGCGUCCAUCCCUCAACAGCCUGAGGACUUCAGGAGUGGAUGUGCCACCUCAGAUAGAGAAGAACAUGGAGCAUCUUCAGCACCUGGUCAGACACCUCCAAACCAUGUCCAGAGAUGGCACCAUACGAUCAAAAAAGGACACUUAUGCCUUACUGACUAGUGCAGACGAAGACCAGCAGGACUUCAGGAACAUCCCCAUCUACCCGACUCCAGAGGAGCUUCGACAUGAGGACAGACCUUAUCUCAGACCCAACCUCACCUCCCAGCGCUACCCAAGCACUCAUCUGUACCUGGACACUCACUUUCGACUGCUCAGGGAGGACUUUGUGAGGCCGCUCAGGGAAGGGAUCCAGGAGCUGCUCCGAGCGCAAAUGGACAACGCUGGAAACCACGUGAAGACAAAGCGACUCGAUGACAUCAGAAUGUAUCAUGACACUAAACUGAUAGCCCCUCAGUGCACCAUGAAUGGUCUCGCAUACAUGGUGCAGUUCAAUGUUCAACCACUCAAGUUUGUUCGCUGGGAGAAUUCAAAGAGGCUGAUCUUUGGUUCUUUGGUCUGUUUGUCGUGUGACAACUUUGAAAGCUUUCUCUUUGCAACUAUUUCGAAUCGAGACCCAAAAGAACUUCAAGAAGGGAGGGUUCAGAUUAUUUUUACGGAGGAAAGUAGAGACAAGUUGGCCAGGACUCAGGAAAACCAAGUGUAUUUGAUGGUGGAGACCACUGCCUACUUUGAGGCCUAUCGCCAUGUUUUGGAGGGACUCAAAGAGCAGAAGGAGGAUGAGCUGCCCUUUAAAAAGUACCUUGUUGAUUGCAACCCAGAUGUGGAAUCUCCUGCAUAUCUUCGCAGCAAUGACACUUAUGACCUGUCUUCUGUGGCUCACCCUGAUUUUAAGACAAAAGUCAAGCCGUUUCACUGCCUGGAUUCACAGGCCUGGCCAACAAUGGAGGAGCUGGGCCUGGAUGAGUCUCAGUUCAGAGCCUUUCAGUUGGCCCUCACUAAAGAACUAGCCAUUAUACAGGGCCCCCCGGGGACUGGGAAAACCUAUGUUGGACUCAAAAUUGCACAGGCACUAUUGAAGAAUAAUAAUCUUUGGUCUACAACAAAUAAAGCCCCCAUUCUGAUUGUGUGCUACACUAACCAUGCUUUGGAUCAGUUUCUUGAAGGUAUCCAUAGAUUUCUCAAAGAUGGAAUAGUGAGAGUUGGAAGUCGAAGCAGCAGUGAAAUCCUGAAGCGUUUCAACCUGAGAGAGCUUUCCCGCAGUUAUGACUUCAAAGACACAUUACCUGCUCACCUUAUCACUCCAUACAAUGCUAUUUCCAGAGAGGUUCAUGACGCCGAAACAGUUUUGGAGAUCCAUAGUGUGAAGAUGGCGUGUACUUUUAAGGGAUUGAUGCACGAAAGUGUCCUGCAAGAGUUUAUGUCAGAGCAGCACUGGGACUGUCUACAUGCUGUUCGAAAAAGAUGUGCUUCUGAAUAUGUUGGGAAGAAGCUGAGUGUGAUUUUGGAGUGGUUGGGCUUAGAAUGUCUCCAGGCGACCCAGACACAAGAUGUGCAAGCCGAAGCAACGAAGAAGCCAGAAGGACGUCUCAUUGAUAUUGACGAGCAGGCAACUCUGUUGGAGGCCGAAAGAGAUGUUGACGAUGAGAUUUAUUUCAAAGGAAGGAGAGAUGACCACAAAAGAGGAGAUAUGACCCACAUAAUGGAAAAUCGUCUCCUGGUUUUAUCUGCAGAACAUGAUGAUCUUCACAAUGGAAGAUGGGAGUAUCAAUCAGACCAAAAGAAAAAGUUGAAGAAUAAAAUAAAGCAAGAGCUGAGGAAAGAGUCAACCAUGAGUGAAGAAGAGGAGCGUCUCAACCCAGAUAUCUGGACACUGAGUGGACCCGACAGGUGGAGACUUUAUCGACUGUGGGUAGAUCGCUACAGAGCUAAAUGUCGUACUGAAGCCUCUCAUCUGGAGGAAGUCUAUCAAAAUGCAGUUGAGAGAUUGGCUGAUGUAAAAAGACAACAGGAUCUUUGUCUUCUCAGGAAUGCCAAGUGUCGGACGAAAGACGACGAGAUCUCUUCGCGGAGCAGGAUUGGGAACAACCUCCAAGAAUCAGACGCAGUCCCCUUCAUCUCCUGGCAUUUGAUCAGCCAGCAACUUCAGGAGAUACAUUUACGGCCGGAGGGCUGUGGAAAAAUCUCCCUGCUUCAGCAGACAGAGGCGACGAGCGCUGGGUUGGAGAAACCCAGUACACCAGGCCCCAUUUCUCGGGCCUUGGGCGGCGGAGGCUCGGUCUGCUGA